AUGGACACCAAGGGCCCAGAGCCCGGCUCGCCCGCCGACCUCAAGCUGGUGGCUCAUCCCCGCGCCAAAAGCCGCGUGUGGAAGUACUUCGGCUUUGACACCAACGCGGAGGGCUGCAUCCUGCAGUGGAAGAAGAUAUACUGUCGCAUCUGCAUGGCGCAGAUCGCCUACUCCGGCAACACCUCCAACCUCUCCUACCACUUGGAGAAGAACCAUCCCGAGGAGUUCUGCGAGUUUGUCAAGAGCAACACGGAGCACAUGCGUGAAGCCUUCGCCACCGCCUUCUCCAAGAUCAAGAACGAGUCCCCGCAGCAGGCGCAGCCUCCAGAGACGCUAGCCGCCAAGGCCGCGCCGGGCUACGAAUCCAAGCGCCAGCAGGAGCUCACCUCUGCCGUGAUGACCUUCAUCUGCCAGGGACUCUACCCCGCUGGCAUCGUGGAGGACCCCACCUUCCGGCUGCUCCUCAAGACCGCGGAGCCCGCCUACGAGCUGCCCAGCAAGAAAUUCUUGUGCGCCAAGGCCAUCCCAGAGCGCUACGCCGCCGUGCGCUCCAGCGUGCUCCAAGAGCUGGCCGGCGCGCCCUGGUGCGGCGUCUCCACGGACGCGUGGCGCAGCGAGUACCACAACCGCGCCUACAUCACGCUGGCUGCCCACUUCCUCCUCAGCACCGCCCCCAACUCCCUGGCCAUGGGCUCGCGCUGCCUCAGGACCUUCGAGGUGCCCGCGGAGAACGCUGCCGAGACCAUUACGCGCGUCCUGUAUGAGGCCUUCAUUGAGUGGGGCAUCAACGCCCGAGUCUUCGGGGCCACCACCGACUACGGCAAGGACGUGUCCAAGGCUUGCUCGCUGCUGGACAUCCCCAUCCACAUGCCCUGCCUGGGACAGACGUUCAACGCGGCCAUCCAGCGUGCCUUUCAGCUGCCCAAGCUGUGCGCGCUCCUGGCGCGCUGCCGGCGGCUGGUGGCGUACUUCCAGGAGUCCGCCGUCGCCAUGUACAUGUUCUAUGAGAAGCAGCGGCAGAAGGGUGCGCCUCGCUGCAUGGUGGUCAGCGACCGCGUGGCCUGGUGGGGGAGUACUCUGGCCAUGUUGCAGCGACUGCAUGAGCAGCAGUUUGUGGUCACGGCGGUGCUGGUGGAGGACAGCAACAGCCACCACCUGAUGCUGGAAGCCACUGAGUGGGCCACCAUCGAGGGCCUGGUACAGCUCCUCCAGCCUUUCAAGCAGGUAGCCGAGAUCCUGUCAGGCUCCGAGUACCCCACCAUCAGCAUGGUGAAACCUCUCCUGCAUAUGCUGUUGAAUAAGACGCUGGCCUCCAAGGAGGCCGACUGCAAAGAGGUCAGCAUGGCCAAGGAGGUCAUCGUCAAGGAGCUGACCAAGACCUACCAGGAGACGCCCGAGAUUGACAUCUUCCUCAACGUGGCCACCUUUCUGGACCCGCGCUACAAGAAGCUGCCCUUCCUGUCCAACUUCGAGCGACAGCAGGUGGAGAACAGGGUGGUGGAGGAGGCCAAGGGGCUGUGGGAGAAGAAAAAGGACAGCGAUGGCACCGCCAGCUGCAGGGCGCACGAGGGCAAACUGUACGCGCUCCCGGAGGAGCCCCCGCCCAAGAAGGUGGCCGUGGCCUCGCCCCCGCCGGCCAGCGCCGUGCAGGACAUGCUGGCUGAGAUCUUCUGCCAGUCGGGGGGCGUGGAGGAUCAAGACGAGUGGCACGCGCAGGUGCUGGAAGAGUUGAGCAAUUUCAAGUCCCAGAAGGUGCUGGCGCUUGGAGAUGACCCGCUCAAGUGGUGGGCCGAUCGCCAGGCCCUGUUCCCGCUGCUGCCCAAGGUCCUCCAGAAGUACUGGUGCGUCCCCGCCACACGCGUCUUCCCCGAGCGCCUCUUCGGCUCCUCGGCCAACGUGGUCAGCGCCAAGCGAGGCCGCCUGGCCCCUUCCCAGGUGGACCAGCAGGUGUUUCUCUAUGAGAACCUGCGAGGUGCCGGGGAGGCAGAGCCCGAGGAUGAAGACGAAGGCGAGUGGGGUCUCGGACAGGAACAGGGCUUGGCGCCUGGGGACGCAGGGGGCAGCGGGGGCUUCUUUGGGGCCCGGGAUGGCGGGGUUGUGCAGGGCUACGUGGACCCUGGACGUGAAAAUGUUUGGUGA